UCUGAGCUCCCCUCCACUUCCCACUCCAACUCCCCAAGUUCUACCUCCUUGGCCCUACCCUGGAGCACCACUCCUUUCAGCCCAGAAACAGAGACCCCCUCCAUGCUCUCGGAUACCAGCUCCAGGACUGCCCUUCCAGGUGACCCCAAGGUCCCUGAGUCACACAGAAAUCCAGGCGUGGUGGUGGUGGUGUGCCUGCUGGUGUCUGUCCUGCUUAUUGGUUCCGUGGUGCUGGCCUUGAGGCGUUGCCACCAGGGGGAGGCCGAGUUCCAGAGGCUGGAUGAGGUGUCCAUGGAAACCAUGAACGAGAGGUCUUCCUUUGCCCACCACCCUCCGAAGUGAUCCUCAUGGGGCUGACAGAGAAGGGGACAUGGAUGGGGCUGGGGUCCCUGGGGGAGGGGUGGGGCCUAUAAUAAAUCACCCACUGCUCGCCCGAGCCUCCUGAGUCAU